AUGGGCUGGAUUGAAGAACCCAAGGAUCUGAAUGUGGAGGAGGCCUGGAAUUACUUUGUCAAAGUUCAGAAGCUCUCUGAAGCCUGCAUCCCAGUACAGAACACUGCCUGCUCCCCCUCUGCCCCCCGCCCGCUCCCACCCAGGAGCAGAGUGGGAGGCUGGGCCAGUGCGGGGAAGUGGGUCGCAGCCCCUCCUCGGAGAGCUCGCUGCCUGUCACUGGAUCCCAGGCGAGCCUGUCUGUUUUGGUGGAGCCCCCCUCGUGGUGACUGGGGCAGUGACUGGGCUGGCAGUGGGAGGGCUGGAGCAGCCCAGUGGUGUCAGUGCCCCUGCAGUGCUAGUGGGGAUUCUCCUGUAGUUGGGUGGCAGGGAUCCAGUCUGGCAGGGUGCGGAGUGGGUUCCAUCUCAGCCAGCCUGCCGCAUCGCGUCAUCUCUGUGCUCGGAUGCAGUGCACUGAGAGAGGUUGGAGGCCGUGUUGGGGAGGCAGGUGAUGCUAGGGAGGUCUUGUGUAGCUAUGAGGUCUCUGAGAAUGUGCCAGAGGAGCUGCGUGACCCCUUCUACACAGACCAGUACGAGCAGGAGCACAUCAAGCCCCCCGUGACGCGCCUGCUGCUCUCCUCAGACAUUUACUGCCGGGCCUGCCGCCAGGUGCUGCCCCCUGACGAUGUGACCGUGCCCGCGCCCAAGGACAAUGCUGCCCUGCUGGUGCUGCUGGGGCGCCGUGGCCUGGCCCCCAUCUACCAGGACAAGGCCGUCAAGGAGGCCGACCUGCGCCAGAAACCCAUCAAGAUGGGUGCACACCUGGCAGUGAUUGACUCCCUGAUGAUAGCCUUUGCUGUGGAAUCCACCCACUCACUGAGUGCCCCCCCUGGCACCGACCUUGGCGCUGGCUCCUGGGAGCAGAAGCUGCUCUGCUGGGUGGACACGGUGAACCGCAAGCUGCAGGAGAGCACAGAGCGUGAGGGCUCACAGCAGCCAGUGCCUGGCACAGAGGGUCAGGGCCAGUCCCCAGCAAGCGGCCCCAAGUGUCCCACCAGGUGGUACUGGAAACUGGUUCCUCAUGCCAUCGCUUUUUGUUUGAAGGAGUCGGGGAGUAAACCUCCUGUGAUCCGGUACCGGAAGGACAAGGUCCUGCCCAAACAGACGCCCUGCUUCACACCCAUCAUGGGCAUGAAGGACUUGGCCAAUGGGGGUGCCAUCGCUGCCACCAUUCACUAUUACUGCCCUGAUGUGGUGCGUCUGGAGGCUGGCACCUGUGGGCUCAGGUGUGAUCUAAUGUGCUCCAGCCUCAUGUGCGGUCUCUCUUGCAGUGGUUCCCCGGUGUUCAGCUUCCUACACCCACUCCUGCCAGGCGGGCAGCCGCAGUCCCCGCUCAGAGGCUCGCUAGGUUCCAUGCACCACUCUACCUCAAUGUCCCAUGUGGAGGGCGGAUUUGGCAAAUCCUGGAGCAAGAAACAGCUGAGCCAUCCGCUGUCGCAGGCUGUGUCAUUUAGCAUCCCUUUUGGGCUGGACAGUGACGUGGACAUCGUGAUGGGGAACCCCGUGGGCAUGCUGCGUUCCAUCAGCUCAGACAGCCUGGCACCUGUGCCCACCCGCUUGGCCCGCUCCCCUGGUCCCCUCCCUGAGGAUGCUGCCCAGCGGCUGGCCAAGGACGAGGCCCCCAAUGGGCUGGUGGCACCACACCGGACAGUGCACAAGGUGGCGCUAUCUGCCAAGGGGGUUGUGGAGCGCGAGGGCCCCCCUGUGGAGAAUGGGCUGGCGGACGGGUACCCUGACCUGCCCACCAUUGAGGAGGCCCUGCAGAUCAUCCACAGCAGUGAGCGCCUGCACCCUGAGGGGGCGGCUGAUGGCUUCUACCUGCAUUUGCCAGAGCCAACCAAGCCCACCCAGGCGCCAGAGCCCACACCAGCACUGGCUGUCUACCGCUUCCACAGUGGGUCUCCCAACGGGCGUGCCGAGGCCCCCACCCCCCCAGGUAAUGGCAGCUUGGACUCGGAUGCUGAGGACCCUGCCCACCUGCCUGGCACCAAGGAUGACACCUCCUCGGGCCUGAGCUCGCUGAGCUCCCAGCCCGACAGCGCAGGAUCCUCGGGUGCUGGCGUGCGCAUGACCAGCUUCGCUGAGCGCAAGAAGAAGCUGGUGCCCCCCGAGGGCAAAACCUUGCAGAAGAGCACCGGUGAGAGCUUGGAGGCAGGCGCCGUGCCCCCCGAGGACAGCCCUGGCCGCAGCCCUGCCCUGAGCUCCGAGAUGAGCCAGCUGGGUGCCCGGCUGGAGGAGAAGCGGCGUGCCAUUGAGGCGCAGAAGAAGCGCAUUGAGGCCAUCUUUGCCAAGCACCGCCAGCGUCUGGGCAAGAGCGCCUUCCUGCAGCUCAAACGCAGGGAUGGGGGAGAGGAGGAGGAGGAGGAGGAGGGGGGGGAGGCCAAGCUGUCGCUGGAGGAGAGGCUGGCCCGGCUGGAGGCAGAGGAGGGGGGCAGCCUGCAAGUGCAGGCUGAGGAGGAAGGGCCAGGCCAGGGCCGCCCAGAGAAGCAGGUGACAUUCUCGCCAGAGAUCAAGGGGGCCCCACUGGAUGAGAACCUGGGCGAUUACAACCGGGCUGUGGCCAAGCUGAACACGGCGCUGAGCUCCCUGCAGCUGGACAUGCACCGCCUGAGCCAGCAGCAGCAGCGCCUGCUCCAGGAGAAGAAGCCCAGCCAGGCCUGGGUCAUCCCGGCCCCCAAGGGUCCCACCCCACGGGCCAGCCGGGAAUUUGUGCCACCCCGCUCUGUGGAGCUCUCGUCCUCUUCGCCCUCGCCUUCCCCCUCCCGUAAGCCCCCCGUCCCUGCCGCGCCCCGCUCACCCCAGCCAGCCCCCAAGAAGGCUGCACCCACACCCCCCAAGAGUCCCAAACAUGCCCGGCCUGUGGAGCUGAAGCUGCCUCCCCUGACGCGGGUGCUGACGCCCCCCCACAAUGUGGACACCCUGCCCCACCUGCGCAAGUUCUCGCCCAGCCAGGUACCCAUGCAGACCCGUUCCUCCAUCCACUUCUCAGAGGAGGUAGCUGGGCCGGAGCAGCCACUUGAGUCCCCUGAGCUGGAGACCCAGGGCAACCUGCGCCCUGUGGCCUCCGUGGUGCCACAGGGCGGGGUGGGCAGCGCUCGGGUGUCUGGGGACGGCACCAGUGAUGUGUCCUCACCGGGCGAGCGGCGGAGCAGUCUCAUUGAGAUCCCGCUGUCCAGCCUCCAGACUGAGGAGGGUGACGGGGACGACUCGCUGGAGGAGUCACUGACUGAGGUGAUGGACAUGGAGCCACGAGCCGGCCUGGGAUUCUUCUUCAAGGAUGACGAGAAGCCAGAGGACGAGAUGGCCCAGAAACGGGCCAGCCUGUUGGAGCGCCAGCAGCGGCGCAACGAGGAGGCGCGGCAGCGGAAGCAGUGGCUGGAGGCUGAGAAGGAGCAGAAGGAGGAGGCAGCCAGGCUGCAGGCAGAGGAGCGCCCACGGCUGGAGGAGGAAGCAAGCCCACGGCGCGGUGACUUCACACGCCAGGAGUACCAGCGACGCCACCAGCUGAAGCUCAUGGAGGACCUGGACAAGGUGCUGCGGCAGAAGCCAACCACGGUGCGCGCCCUCAAGAAGGGACGGCCCAAGACGGUGUUCUGUGAUGACUCGGCCCUGGCCCGCAGCCCGGUCAAGGGGCUCCUUGGAUCCAGACUCAGCAAAGUGUACUCCCAGUCAACCCUGUCCCUGUCCACUGUGGCCAACGAGCCUGGGAACUCGCUGACUAUCAAGAGACCCUCCAGAGCUGCCUCCCCCUCGGGCCUGAUGUCCCCUAGCCGUUUUCUGGGCAGCCAGAGCCGUGAGCGGGACUGGGAGAAUGCAUCUACUGCCUCGUCGCCUGCCUCUGUGCCUGAGUACACAGGGCCCAAGCUGUAUAAAGAACCAAGCGCCAAGUCCAACAAGCACAUCAUCCACAAUGCGCUGUCCCACUGUUGCCUGGCCGGCCGCGUCAACGAGCCCCACAAGAACAAGAUCCUGGAGGAGAUGGAGAAGAGCAAGGCCCAUCACUUCCUGAUCCUGUUCCGAGACUCCAGCUGCCAGUUCCGGGCGCUCUACACACCAGCCGGGGAGACGGAGGAGCUGACGCGCUUGACAGGCUACGGUCCCCGCACCAUCAGCCAGGCCAUGAUCGAGGGCAUCUACAAGUACAACUCGGACCGCAAGCGCUUCACCCAGAUCCCUGCCAAGACCAUGUCUAUGAACGUUGAUGCCAUCACCAUCCAGGGCCACCUCUGGCAGACCAAGAAGCCAGGCACCCCCAAGAAGCCAGGCACCCCUAAAUAACCUCACCUGGCCUCUGAGCUGAGCUAGCCCUUCACAUAGCUGCUGCCGCAGGACCCCUGGGCCCUGGCUGUGCUCCCAGGCAGGGCCCAGCAAGAGAGGGGAAGGGGCUUAUCCUGGGAACUGCCAAAUACACUAAAACUAUGGGGUCAAAGGGCAUGGGGGGAAGAACUGACUUGGUAAGGCCUGGCCCUACCCCCACCCUAUGCUGAGGGGAGGGGCUACGUGCCUCUAGGCUGGCUCCUCUGCUCUCUGGCCUCCUAGCCAUCUGAAUGUCAGACUGCAUCCCAGGGCCAUCUCUCUCCCCCUCCCUCCAUGAGGUGUGGCUCAGCCCCUGGGCUGUGUAUAUUAUACAUAACUAUACAGAGAUUGAGCUAUUUAAAUGAUUUUGCAAUGAUUUGUAUAUAGUGAGUUGCAUUUGAUAAGCAGACUGGGAUGAGCUGGGGGGUGUCUGUCUUCAUGUCUUGUCUAUUUUGUAUCUUCUGAGCUUCUGCCACAAUUGAAUGAUGUGUUGAAUUUUCCCCCUUGUAGGAAGGGUGGUGGGCACAGGACUGGGCACCAUGGGCACUGCCUCAGCACUGGGGGGAAGGGGACCUGGCCUGAGCCCACCUGCAGCUGCCCCAGGGAGCAGGACUCCCAGUGCCCAUGACUCCCCCCUCCCCCCCCCUUACAAGCCCAGGUAGCUGCUGUCUGUGCCCCUGCCCCUGGUUGGGGCUGUCCUGCCAGCCCUGUCACUUCCUGAGUGGCUGUGCCCAGCUAGGAGGGGCCUGCUCCUUUCUAGGGGGCUGGCUGGAGCAGAGGGAAGGGCAGCUGGGCCUGGUCAGGUGACAGCCCCCUGGCACCAAUUACUGGCUGUUGGCCCCCAGGGCUGGGUGAAGGGGGCAGGGCCUGCUGGCUCCCGGUGGGGGGGGGGAAUGGGGACCUGAGUAAUGCUGUAGUGAGCUGGCAGGGCCCUCACCCUGUCACUUAAUAAAGUAACUUAAAGGAG